CGGGUCGCGCCUGUCGCGCCUGUCGCGCCUGUGGCGCCUGUCGCGCCUGUCGCGCUGCUCUUGGGUGUCUCUGACCUGCAUCCUGAGCAUCGUCCUCUUCCUGCAAGUUCUCGUCGCCGUCGCCGCCUCCGCCGAGUGGCUCCGACAGCGCUCGUUGAUGCUCGAUUACUGUUGCGCGCGACUCAAUCGCGAGCACAAGUUCGGUCCAAACGGCUGCUGCUGAUGACUCCGCUGUCGCCGCAGUCGCUGGGUUGGGCGGAGAGUAGCCAGGCGUGGCGGAGCGAGGCGGAGGGUGGCGGAGUGGCGCUGCCUGGGGCGUGCGUCGCGGCGUGGGCCGCGGGGCGCAGGCCUCAGUGGGGGAAUCCCGGCCGUACCGGAGACGGUCAUCAGGGACCCCGGCCAGGUCGGCGUCCAGCUUCCGAACGUGGUGUCGCACUCGAGGGCGCAACCCAGAGCGCGAGGACCAGACCCAUCCAUCCAUCCAGACAUCCAGCCAGCCAGCUAACCAGCCAACCAGCCAAGCAACCAGCCAGGCGCCCAGCCAGCCAGCCAGGCAUCCAUCGAGUCAACCCGGCAGCCAGCCAGGCAUCCGCCCAGCCCGCCCCGCAUCCAUCCAUCUAUUCAUCAAUCAAUCCAGGCAGCCAGCCAGGCACUCAUUCAGCCAGCGACCCAGCCAUCAAGCUAUCCAACCAGGCAUCCAUCUAUCCAGCCAGCCAGGCAUCCAGCCAGGCGUCCAACCACCUUUCUAUCCAGAUCCAUCCAUCCAACCAGCCAGCCAUCCAUCAGCCCACCCGGCCAGCAGACAGUGGCAAGAGCAUGCGUCGGCCGGAGAGGCAGACCCUGGUGUAGGCGACACCAGGACACUCCAGGCGCCCCCAGACAUCCCUCCACAGGCCACUCUCUCUAGACUUUUCGAUGCCACCAUCACUAUGCUUUUCUCUGCCACUCUCUGGGUCUGCACAGGCCACUCUCUAGGCUUCUCUAUACCAUUCUGUAUAUGCCUCUUCUUCUCUAUGCCGUCCUCCAGGUCUCCCCAGGACACUCUAUAGGCGUCUCUGUGCUCUCUCCAUACUUUCCUAUGCCACUCUCUGGAUCUGGACAGGCCACUCUCUAGGCUUCUCUAUACCAAUCUGUCUAUGCAUCUCUAUGCCACUCUCCACUUCUCUCCAGCACUCUAUAGCGAGGGGGUAACGAUUAGUAAAUUUCGUGUCAGCCGGAUUUCGGGUUACCUGAACCACCCGCGGAUUACCUCCAGAUUAGAUUCAAUUUUUUCCUGGAUUAGCUUGAACCCACGCAGGAUUGCUCCGGAUUUCAUCAAAACUUUCCGGAUUACCUCAAAAUUUCUGGCCAUUCGGAUAACGGAUUACCAAUUUGUUGUAAGCCGGAUUGCAGAGGUCGUCACCCCCUCGCUCUCUAGGCUUCUCUAUGCUUUCCUUUGCCACUCUCAAGGUCUCUCCAGAACACUUUGUAGGCUUCUCUACGCUACUCUCCGUGUGCUUUUUAAUGCCACUCUUCGGAUCUCUGCAGGUCACUCUCUAGGCUUCCUAUACCAUUCUCUCUAUGCUUUUCUAUGCCACUCUCUCUAUGCUUUUCUAUGCCACUCACCCGGUCUCUCCAGGCCACUCUCUAGGCUUCUCUACGCCACUAUCUAUACGCUUCCCUAUGCCACACUCUAGGUCUCUCCAGGCCAGUCUCUAGGCUUCUCCAUUCUUCUCUCCUGGCCUCUAUUAAGCACUCUCCUGGUUUCUUCAGGCCUCCAAAACCACUCUCUAGGCCUUUCUUCUCGCCUCUCCAGCCUUCUCCAGGCUGCCCUUAGCUUCUCUAGCCUUUUCCAUGCUGCCCUAGGCUUCCCCUGCCUUCUCCAGGCUUUUUCACGCCUUUUUCGAGGCUAUUCUCCAGGCCACUCUCCAAACCACUCUCAAGGCCUCUAUCUAGGCCUCCCCAAACUUCUUUGGGCCACUACCCAGGCAUCUCCAGCCUUCCCCAGGCUACUAUCUAGGCCUCCCCAGGCUACUUCAGGCUACUAUCCAGGCCUCUCCAGCCUGCAACAGGCUACUAUCAAGGCCUCUCCAGCCUUCCCCAGGCUACUAUCCAGGCCUCUCUAGGCUACUAUCCAGGCCUCUCCAGCCUUCCCCAGGCUACUAUCUAGGCCUCUCCAGCCUUUUCCAGGCUACUAUUUAGUCCCCUCCAGCCUUUUCCAGGCUACUUUCUAGUCCCCUCCAGCCUUUUCCAGGCUACUAUCUAGUCCCCUCCAGCCUUUUCCAUGCUACUAUUUAUUAUUUACUAUCUAGUCCCCUCCAGCCAUUUCCAGGCUGCCAUAUCUAGUCCUCCCCAACCUUUUCCAGGCCAGUAUCCAGGCCUCCUCAGCCUACUACAGGCUUCUUCAGGCCACUAUUCAGGCCCUCCCAGCCUUGUCAAGGCUACUAUCUAGGCCUCUCCAGCCAACUCUCCAGGCUGUCAUCUAGGCCUGUCAAGCCGACUAUCUAGUCCUCUCCAGCUGACUAUCUUGAGCAUCUCCAGCCAAAUAUCUAGGCCUCUUCAGCCGACUAUCUAGGCUGUCAAGCUGACUAUCUAGGCCUCUCCACUCCGGCCGACUGUCUAGGCCUUUCUAGCCGACUAUCUAGGCUGUCCAGCCGACUAUCUAGGCAUCUCCACUCCGGCCGACUGGCCUUUCUAGCCGACUAUCUAGGCUGUCCAGCCGACUAUCUAGGCCUCUCCGGUCGACUAUCUAGGCCUCUCCGGCCGACUAUCUAGGCCUCUCCAGCCGACUAUCUAGGCCCCCCCAGCCCUGUCCGCGCCUCUCCAGGCCACCCUCCACGUCUCUCCAGGCCGCUCCAGACUGCGGUUCUACUCGUCGCCCUGUCGUCACCGUCGCAGUCCGCCUGGUUCCAGCCGGGCGUCAGCCUAGCUCGCGCCAUGUCGCUGUCCUCCACAUCGCCCAUCUCCUCCCUGUGCAAGAUUGGCCUCUGCUCGCGGCAGAAGCCCAUGAAAGUCAUGGUCCUGGGGCAGGGAGGCGUCGGCAAGUCAGCGCUCGUGGUGCGCUUCAUCACGAGGAGGUUCAUCGGCGAGUACGACCCGAACCUGGAGAAGGUCUACAGCUUCCACACCAUCAUGGACAACGAGAUGGUCUUCUUCGAGAUCCUCGACACUGCGGCGCAGCCCCACGAGAGCGAGUGCCUGACGCUGGAGGCCAACAUCCGCUGGGCCGAGGCCUUCAUCCUCAUGUACUCCGUGACGGACAAGUGCUCCUUCGACGAGUGCAACCGCCUCAAGUUCCUCAUCAACUACAACAAGCGCAAGCGGCGCCUUGGUUCCAACAGUUCCAAGGACGCGGUCGCCGACGUCCCCGUCAUGCUGGUGGGCAACAAGACCGACCAGUGGGGCGACCGCAUGGUGUCCGUGGAGGACGGUCAGCGACGCAGCAAGGAGAUCGGUUGUGUCUGCUUCCACGAAAUCUCGGUCCGGGAGGAUUUCGACCAGGUGUGGGCAGUGUUCCGCGACGUGUGCCAUUUCUGGAAGGUGCACAACAAGUGCCCCAAGCUGAAGCGCUCUUCCAGCGACUCCCGAUACGAGUCCUUGGCGUCCAUGGCGAGCCCGGAGUCGUCCAGCGUGCGUUCCUUCGGUGGCUCCAUCAACGGGAGUACGACGGGCCUGCUCUCCAGCAGGACCAGCAUUACCAACCCCUUCAGCAGUCUCGGACGUCGAUGGACAGAAGUGGAACUAGACGAAGAGGACGAGUUGGAAGAAGGCAUCACAGAUAGAAAGAGCAGUGCAGGUGAAACUCCUGCUGAAACCACUUUGCCACCUUUCCGAGCUAGAGCUUCGACUGAUGGUCAUUUGCUAUCAAGACCAAGGCGGUGGCGUUAUCCGCCCCCAUCUCUCUCAAGCCAGACAUCAAAUCAUGGAGGAAGCAGCAGCAGCAGUAGCGGAGGUAGUUGCGCCGAUCGAAGAAUGAGUAUUUCCAUGAGGGGCAACAACGCAAGCUACUGAGAAAUCUAACAAGACUGAUGUCACAAAGGCUUGCUAAAAUCUAAAUUAACAGGCCUGGGACCAAAUCCUGACGGCCUAUGAGAUGGAAAAACAACACUCCGAGUUCAGAAAAAAUUUCCUUGAAUCAUUUUUGAAAAUUAAUAAUCAAUGCCCCCUACAUUAAUUUAAACUACCUUUCUUUAAAAUUAAGAUAUGAAAUCUCUAUGUAAACAUAAAAAGAAGCUUAAUUUUAGAAUUAGUUCUAGAACUAGAACCAACACGUUUGGUGUCAAUGUAGCAGUUUAGGAAGUUGCUUGUUAAACACACCCUCACAGAUACCACAUUCCUUAUGUAGGCAGGCAUAGUGAUAGUGAAAAUGAAAAGUGAAGUAAAGAUAAGUGACAAAGCAAAUCAUGGAUGUGAAUGGAAGAAAAAGUGAGCAUUUUCAUGAGAGGAACAUGCAGCAUUUCUUUUAGAAUCACUAUGUUAGACUAUCUUGAAAAAAAAUUUUAAAAAAAUUAAGCAUUUACACUUAAGAUGUUAGAGUUCACACUACUUAUUCCAAAUCUUAGAAACAGUAGUGCCUACUUCUAGUGACAAAAAAUACAAAAAAAAAAUAAACGUUUUGUU